AUGCCACUUUUGAAACUGGAGAAGAGCUGUUCAUUGGAAUACGCGACAGCAGAGGUCGGCGGUGUAGGUGUCCUGGUCAACACGCACUUGGCCAUGAACAUCGAUCCGUACGAAAGCUUGAUAACCCGAAUCGGACGUUUCCGAUUGGGAAGACGUGGCCCAACCUCCGCUCUAACAGUCUUCGUUAUUUACGCGCCAACAUUAAGCUACGAUGAAGAAGAGCUGGAGGCGUUCUAUAUGGAUCUGGAGAAGCUCUACAAAGAAGAUCAUACUUUCUUCAAGGUCAUCGUCGGUGAAUUCAACGCCAAGAUCGGCCCCAGAAGAACGGCUGAAGGGCUCCACAUCGGGACUCACGGAAUGGAAAGGAAUGAGCAGGGUGAAAGACUGUCCGUGUUUAUCAGGUCCACCUACACUAUCCAUGGUAGCUCGCAAUUCCAGCACUCUCAUUUACUAUGGACAUGGGAGUCACCUGGUGGACAGUUCCAUAUCGAAACAGAUCACACCAUCGUCAAUCGAAAGUUUUGCCUGACUGUCGUCGCUGUUUUUUUUGUUGUUUGUUGUUUUUUCCUAAGUUCUACACGGGAUCAGACUACCGUCUACUCCACGCGAUUCCUCUUUUCGGUGCGUGGAGAGAGAGCUGCGAACUUCAGGAAACGAGGCCCCGAAACUGAUGUCAACUGGAAUCACUUCGCUUCAUUGGCGAGUUUGUGGGAAGAUUCCGUCAGCGAUAACAUCGAUGAAAAAUAA